AUGGUGAACCUCAAUAGCUUGUUGCCGCUCGUUCGCAUGAUCUUGUUUGGUGUCGUGACCCUGCUAUCGGUCAUUGUGUUCGCAUUGUCGGCGCACAUUAUUGACUACACUCGCGGCUACGGCUUCUACUGGAACUUUGCCGCCCUUUCGCUCGCAACUGGAAUUUUGACCUUCCUCACUCUGCCAGUGAUGUACUGGCUCUCGGUCACACGCACUGGCGCAUUCACUUCGUUUAUUGUAGUUGAAGUUGCUUGGCUCUGGUUCCUUUGGAUUAUGUGGAUCGCCAGUGCUGGCUCCACCGCCGCUGUUGUCCACCCUUCAGCUCAUGGUGGACUCGCUUCAGAGGCUCAAACCGUCCAAGCCUUUGGUUUCCUCAACUGGAUCUUCCUCAUGGUCUACACCACCACCCUUUUCGUCCUCUCCAUCAUGUCCCACGUCAAGGGCACCAGCGCCGUCUGGACCUCCUCCGUCCGGGAAUUCGACUUCAAUACUGCCGUUAACAAGACUGCGGUCCCUCCCGUCGCUGAAGGUGCCAACCCUGGACUUGCUCCUCAGUUCGAGAAGCAGCCGGAGCUCGCUCAGCAGAACCAACAGCAACCCCAGCAGGCAGGCUAUCCUCCUCAACAAGUACCUGUUACUCCUCAACAGUCGGGAUACGCUCAACCGCCCAAUCCUGGCUUCGCCGGCCAGCCCGUCAACGCCGUGCCUUCGUCUCCUCAAGUCUAA